GGAAACCCUGUCACUCGUCUUACCAAAAUGAACCAAGCAGCAGAGCUGUACUUAAUUCAAAUUAUUGAAAAGGAAUCCUUGGUCGGCAUGGUCACAUUUGACAGCAGUGCGACAAUUCAGAAUAAUCUAAUAAGAAUGGUCAAUGAGAGCUCCCAUCUAGAGAUCAGCACAAAGCUGCCUCAGAAAGCUGAUGGGGGAACUUCAAUUUGCAGGGGACUCAGAGGAGGAUUCAAGGCAAUCACCUCCAGUAACCAGAGAACUUCGGGCUCUGAGAUCGUGUUGCUGACAGAUGGGGAAGAUGGGCAAAUAGGUUCAUGCUUUGAGGAGGUCAGACACAGUGGUGCCAUCAUCCACACCAUCGCCCUGGGGCCUGAUGCUGACAGGGAACUGAAGACUCUGUCAACCAUGACAGGAGGGCUUCACUUUUAUGCCGGUAAAGACAUAAAUGGCCUUAUUGAUGCUUUCAGUGGGAUUUCAUCUAGAAGUGGCGACAUCUCUCAGCAGGCUCUGCAGUUGGAGAGCAAAGCCUUGAAUAUUACAGGGAAGGGAUUGGUAAAGGGUACAGUGCUGGUGGAUAGUACUGUUGGCAAUGAUACCUUCUUUGUUGUCACCUGGAUGACACAAAAGCCAGAAAUUACUCUUCAAAAUCCUAAAGGAAAAAAAUACACUACCUCAGAUUUCCAAGACGAUAAGCUGAAUAUCCGCUCUAUUCGACUUCGAAUACCAGGCAUUGCAGAAACAGGUACUUGGACUUACAGCCUUUCAAAUAAGAAUGCCAGAUCUCAGUUGCUGACGCUGACAGUGACCACUAGAGCAAGAAGUCCUACCAUGCUCCCAGUAAUAGCAACUGCUCACAUGAGUCAAAACACAGCACAGUACCCCAGCCCAAUGAUUGUUUAUGCACGAGUCAGCCAGGGGUUCUUGCCUGUUCUGGGAGCCAAUGUCACGGCUGUUAUAGAAGCUGAAGACGGACAUAGAGUCACACUGGAGCUCUGGGACAACGGGGCAGGUGCUGAUACACUCAAAAAUGAUGGCAUCUACUCAAGAUAUUUUACAGAGUACCAUGGGAAUGGGAGAUACAGCUUAAAAGUCAAUGCCCAGUCAAGAAAAAACACCACUAAACUAAAUUUAAAACAACCAAACAAGUCUCUCUAUGUGCCUGGCUACAUCGAAAAUGAUCAAAUUAUACUGAAUCCACCCAGACCUGAGGUUCCAGAAGCCACAGAAGCUUCAGUGAAAGACUUCAACAGGCUAACCUCUGGAGAGUCAUUUACCGUGUCGGGCGCGCCUACUGGUGGUGACCACGCUCAUGUGUUCCCACCCAGUAAAGUCACCGAUCUGGAGGCUGAGUUUAAAGGAGAUUACAUUCACCUGACAUGGACAGCCCCUGGCAAGGUCCUCGACAAAGGAAGAGCACAUAGAUACGUCAUCAGAAUGAGUUGGCAUUCUCAAGAUCUCCAAGAAGAUUUUCACAAUGCUACUUUAGUGAAUACUUCUAGUCUGGUACCUAAAGAGGCUGGGUCAAAAGAAAACUUUGAAUUCAAACCAGAAACUUUGAAAAUAGAAAAUGGUACCAAGCUCUACAUUGCAGUUCAGGCCACCAAUAAAAUCAACCUCACUUCAGCGAUCUCCAACAUCGCACAGGCUGUCAGGUUUAUUCCUCCACAGGAACCCAACAUCCCUGAUUUGGGUACAAAAAUGCUCUCACCCAGUUUGACAGUUUUUGUAUUUGUUGCAACUUUACUUAUAUUUUAA